AUGGGUGUAAUGCUUCAUCUUCAACAUGCGGCACCUAGUGCCGGCCAGAUCGGCUUAGGCCUGGUCAUUUUUGGUCUCAUUGCCUUGACAGCCGAUUAUGUCCGAAUGUUGGUUCUGCGGAGCAAAAUGCCUCCUGGCCCUGUCCCAUGGCCAAUUGUAGGCAAUACCUAUCAAUUGCCUGACAGCAAGCCAUGGAUCUAUUUCGAAGAACUGGCCAAGCAGUACAACACUCCAGUCAUCACAUACUGGAUAGGUCGAAAUCCGACGGUUUGGAUUUGUGAUGCAUGGGCUGCUUCAGAGAUACUGGAUAAGCGAGCUGGCAUUUAUUCGUCCAGACCGCGAAUGAUCGUCUUUGGCGAACUGAGUAUGGGACAAUCCAACAUCGUGUCAAUGUACUACGGUGAUCGCUGGCGAGUUCAUCGAAAACUCACCCAUAUGGGAGUUGGCCUUCAACUCGUUCGAAGUUAUAGCGGUUUCCAGAACAACGAAAGCAAAGUCGUGGCUUUGGAUCUCGUCAAGGACCCCAACAACUAUGUCAUGCACUUUGAGCGCUACGCGGCCUCGGUGGUGAGUAUUAUCGGCUUCAAUCGCCGCAUCAGCAGCAAAGAGGACCCCAUCAUCACCGAAGUGAUCGCCGUGAUGCAAAGAGCUGCGGAGUUGAAUGUGCCAGGAAAAACCUUCCCUAUGUUGAUGGAGACAUUCCCCAUUCUCUCGAAGUUCCCCACCUGGAUGGCUCCGUGGAAGCAUGGUCUGGGUGGAGGAAAAGGUCGUGGUCGUUCAUUCUACUACGCGCUUGCCGAAGAAGCUGUCCGUAAGAACAACGGGGAAAGUUGCUAUGCUAAGAAGAUCUUCGAUGAAGCACCAAAGUAUGGACUGACAAACGAGGAGAUUGCCUCUCUGAACGGAAAUCUUUUCGGAGCCGGCAGUGACACCUCCAGCUCUACCCUCAUUACCUUCGUCCUGGCUUGCUGUGCUUUCCCAGAAGUCCUGCCAAAGGCUUGGGAGGAGCUCGAUAGAGUCGUCGGACCAUAUCGAAGUCCCAGUCUGGAUGACGACCUGCCAUAUAUCCGCGCCUUUGUCAAGGAGGUCUUUAGAUGGCGAUCCGUUGCGAUUAUUGGAGGCCAGCCGCACGCUCCAAUCCAAGACGACCACUACAAGGGUUGGUACAUUCCAAAGAAUACAUGGGUUCAAGGCAACGUGUGGGCUAUCCAUCGAAACGAAAACGAAUUCCCCGAGCCAGAUCGUUUCUGUCCAGAUCGAUUCUUCGAGGGGCACCCACUCCAUCGUCCAUUCCCUAACGACAAAGGCUACAUGACAUUCGGUUGGGGUCGACGUGUUUGUAGUGGUCAAGGUUUAGCCGAACAAGGAACAUUCUUGACCGUAGCAAGACUCUUGUGGGGAUUCAACAUUCAAAAAGCUUUAGACAAGCAUGGAAACGAGAUUCCGGUGGACAUUUUUGCGUACACAAAUGGUUUGAACAUGCGUCCGGAGCCUUUCGAGUGCCGUAUAACACCCAGGACCCAAGAGAUCAAGGAGACGACAGAACGCGAGGGACGGCAAGCGCUGGAAGAAUUGUCACAGUAUGAUGGUGAAAGCCAGUAUCGGAUGAGCACCUUUUAUCUGGAAGACAGGAUACGGUGA